AUGAGAUUCAGUUUUGCGUUUAGUAUUUUAUUCGGAGUAUUCUCUUUAUUAGAUGGAAAAUGUUUCCGACGGGACUAUACCUAUUACGCGGAUGCUGGGGGCUACUUAAAACUGCACGAGAUACCUGCAAAUUGGCAGGAAGCCAGACUACGGUGUCACCUUGAAGGUGCCAAGUUAGCAUCUCCUUUAACUAGUGGAUUAAGUUUAGCAAUGAGAAAAAAAAUGGAGAGGGAAGGUGUACUUAAAUGUGGAGUAUUUACUGGUAUACAUGCAUCCUUCUCUAGAGGCGACUUUCAUUCCAUCGAAGGUGUGCAUUUGUCAAGAAUCCCUCACAAAUGGGCAAAAGAUGAGCCAGAUAACUAUAACGAUAAAGAACAGUGUAUAAUGAUGCUACCAAGUGGAGAACUGGCUGAUGUGAACUGCUCCGAGCCUUUGCCUUACUUAUGUUAUUACAAGAGUAGCGAAAGUGUUAUGUUGAAUGGAUGCGGUACUGUAGAUCCUCAAUACGAGCCAGAUGUUCGCACUGGAAGUUGCUACAAAUUUCAUACUGUACCUCGGACUUGGUCGAGGGCCUUCAUGACUUGCACGGCUGAGGGUGGAUAUUUGGCGAUAAUCAACAGCGAGAUAGAGUCUCAGGUGAUUAAAGAAAUUUUCGCCAAGCAUCCUGGUGGGUCGAUGCCGGGAUCCUUAUGGAACAAUGACGCUUUUAUGGGUUUCCAUGAUUGGGGCGAACACGGAGAGUUUUUAACAAUACAAGGUGAAACACUAAAAAAAGCAGGUUAUGACAAAUUUUCGCCAGGUGAGCCAAAUAAUGCCACGACUGGACAAUUUUGUGGCGCAGUGUACAGAAAUGUUGGACAACGUUUUCGAUGCGACUAUACCUAUUACUCUGAGAUUGAGGGCUAUUUAAAGCUUCAGGAGAUACCUGCGAACUGGCACGAAGCACGGUUACGAUGUCACCUGGAAGGCGGCCAGCUAGCGUCUCCUAUAAAUAACAUGUUUAAUUCAAUUAUGCGACUGUACAUGGAUAAAAAUAGCAACAUCAAAAAUGGGGUCUUUACUGGUAUACAUGCAACGUUUUCUAGGGGUGACUUCCAUACCAUUGAAGGUGUACCUCUUUCAAUUAUUCCGCAUAAAUGGGGGCCGUAUGAGCCAAACAAUCUGAAUGAUGAAGAGCAGUGUAUAACGAUGUCAUCGAGUGGUGAAAUUUCUGAUGCGGAUUGUACUGAGACUUUGCCUUACUUCUGUUAUAAGAAGAGCCCCAAAAACGUUCAUUUUACUAUAUGCGGAACCUCAGAUCUUGAAUACAAGUUCGAUGAGCGAACCGGAAGCUGUUACAAAUUCCAUACUGUACCUCGAACUUGGUCGAGGGCGUUCAUGACUUGCACGGCUGAGGGCGGAUACUUGGCCAUAAUCAACAGCGAGAAAGAGUCUAAAGUCAUCAAAGACAUUUUCUUGAAACAUCCCGCCAUUUCGAUACCAGGUGUCUUUUGGAAGGAUGUCGCUUUCGUGGGUUUCCAUGACUGGGGCGAGCAUGGAGAGUUUUUGACAAUACAAGGUCAAACACUUACAGAAGCAGGAUACGCUAAAUUUGCACCGGGUGAGCCAAAUAAUUCAACGACAGGAGAAUUUUGUGGUGCUGUGUAUAGAAAUGGUAUGUUCGACGAUCUCUGGUGUGAGAAUAGAUAUGCUUUCAUAUGUGAGAAAGAUCCAUUAAAUUUAGUAUGUGAAAUGUUAGACUAU